GACUUUCCCAAAUUACCCUCUCUCAUCCCUCACUCAACCAGCCUCCCUGCCACCAAACACCUCUCUCGACCGACCUCCAUACCUAAAUUCUCGUUUGUCUUUCUUCAGCUCAUCACCGGCAGCACCAGAAAUCAAUGGUCAGGACCUUGAGUUAGUCUUCUUCCUCUACGAAUUUAUUUUUUUUAUUGGGUUGGGCCCUCCUCCUAAGAAGUCCGGUCCACAAGACAAGGAUCAAAGAAACACCCGCCAGGUAUUCUGCCUCCGCCGCCGCCGCCGCCGCCGAACUGGCUUCUCAGACGACAUCGUGGUCCGGACCACCUGGCGUUGAUAUUGGACCAGGUGCUGCUGACCCAUUCAUUUCCGGGCUAAAUCGCCAUUCGAGCGAAGGUUUGCCUCUUUACCUCCAUUCGAUUGCCUCGUUCAAUUCUGUAUGAUAUCAAGUUGCUCUUCAUGAUCUUUAACUUCAUGAACAAUAUCCAUUUGAUUCAGCAACUUGGAGUCGUCAACGUAGGCAUGAUUUUUUGCUAUCCUUUUUCCUCUUUUCUGUAGAAUGGAUUGGCUAUGUCCAAAUGGUCCAACUCACUAAGAUGGGCAUAGAUUUGUUAGCUCAAGAAUGCGUUAUACUUGAAAUGUUGUCAAACUACCUCUUUUAAUGACUUAAAUAAUGCCCUAUCCUAUUAUUGUCAAUUGUAUCAGGGUAAAUUACCACGAAGUUGUUAACCCGGGCCUUCGUGUGAAUGAUCUCAUUGCACAUAUAGAGGGUGUUUGGCACUGCGAUGUUUUUCAGAAUUUAGCUUCUGCUUUAAGUGAUAAUCAUUUUAUUUUGUUUGGCAUACCAACUUCUGCUUUUCUUUACCAUCUCUUUGUACAUAGAACACCAUUUCAGGGAAGCAGGUGUAUGGUGCUUCUGCUUUCAGCUUUUGUAAAUCAUUUUACCCACAAGUUCAUCACUCCCAAACACCUUCAUAGUACUUGAUAGGGUAUGAUGGCACCAUUUGAUCUAUGUAGCCGAUCCCACUUAGUGGAGGUGGGAUAAGACUUAGUUGUUGUUGUUAAGUUAUAAUUACUCUUUUAAAAGAUUUUUAUUUAUUUAACAUUUUUUUUAUAUAGUUACUAAAAAAUUAUAUAACAAAUUUAUUAUAACGAAAUACAUUGAAUAAAAUAAAUAUUGCUUCAUUCAGUAAAAAAGUAAUUUAAAAUAUUUAUGAAAGCAAAAAUGACUAAAUGUGGGGAGCUUGCUUGAAUUUUUUUUUUUCAAAUAUUGCAAGUUUUUUUCUUUUAAAUGGUGAGUGCUUCUUUGGUGCACCUUGGAUGCAUAUCAAUUUUGUGGACCUUCUUACAUUAUUUUUUUUUAAUUUUUUUAUUUAAAAAAACAAAUACUUAUUUAAGUAGUACAGUUAAUCACACUAUGAAAACUUGUGUAUUUCCUUCCCAUUUCCCUUCGUCGGUUACCUUUUUAUUCAUCUUUCUUUAUUUUUUCUGAGGUCCAAGGGCAAAUGUUGGGUAGAGGUAGGUUAGGGAAAGCGACACAGGGCAGUUUUAGAGUAGAUGAUUAAUGACAGAUGAUAGAUCUCUCCCAUCUCUACCCACCAUGGUUGAAUUUUCUCUGCACCAAAAGUUUCCAAGAAACCCGGCAUGCAUCCAAGUCUAUGCACAAUCUGCAGUUCAGCCAUGGCCAUGGCAGCUAAUGAUGAAGAAGAAGAAGAAGAAGAAGAAGAAGAAGAAGAAGAAGAAGAAGAAGAAGACAAAGUUACUUAUACUACCAAUAUUUGCUACUACUAACUACUCAGAUGUAUGCUUUUCAAGAACUAUUGCUUCUACCUGAAGAUACCAAUAAGAAGAGAACUGGUGGCGCAGUGAGUCUUCUUGCUCUCACCAGAAGAAGAAUUUCAGAUGCCAUGGCCGAGAAAACAGGGAAUGAAUGGUCAGCUUUGGCGCAUAUAAUAACAGCAGUGAUAGGGUCAGGUGUUCUUUCCUUGGCAUGGAGCAUGUCAAAGCUGGGAUGGAUCGCCGGUCCGAUAAAAAUGCUGUGUUUUGCUGCGGUCACUCUCACCAGUGCUCUUCUUCUCUCCAAUUGCCACCGACCCAGUGAUUCUGACCUCCACACCCAUGGCUCUUACCUUGAUGCUGUCCGCUCCGUCCUAGGAAAUAGAAGCGCCUGGUUUUGCGGCAUCAUUGUUGGGAUCAAUUUCAUCAAGCUUGGAAUUGUGUACACAAUCACUUCUGCUAUUAGCAUCAGCUCUGUAAACAACUGAGAAUGAUUCUUCACCCUUGGACUAUUAUAUAUUCUUCCAUUGGAUGAAGAGCUUCUUGAUUGCAGAGCAAUUCAGAAAGCAAACUGCUUUCAUUAUGAAGGCCAUGAGGCUACUUGUGGGUAUUCAAACAUGAAAUAUAUGAUUAUAUUUGGAUCAAUCCAAGCAGUAGUGUCUCAAAUUCCAGACUUUCACAACACGCAAUGGCUCUCCAUUGUUGCUGCAGUCAUGUCUUUCACAUAUUCAUUCAUUGGAUCAGGACUCAGCUUAGCUAAAGUAAUAGGUAAUGGAGAAAUAAAGGGUAGCAUUGGAGGGUUGCCUUCUCCUAAUCUAGGCAAAAAACUAUGGUCGGUUUCAGAAGCACUUGGAAACAUUGCCUUUGCCUUCCCAUUCUCUGUCAUUUUUCUAGAGAUACAGGUGCAGCAAGGGUUCACAUUCAAAGAUAUAGCGAAUGAAAUGUGGCAAUCUAAUAAAAGUUUGAACUUUUAUGAAGGAUACGUUGAAAGAGCCUUCAGAAAAGGCGACCAUGAAGAAGGCCUCAAUAAUGGCAGUCUUCACCACCACAUUUUUCUACCUGUGUUGCGGAGGAUUGGGUUAUGCAGCAUUUGGCAAUGCAACGCCCGGGAACCUCUUAACGGGAUUUGGUUUUUACGAGCCUUAUUGGCUCGUCGACUUUGCUAAUGCAUGUGUUGCUCUUCACCUUGUUGGAGGAUAUCAGGUACUAAGGUGAAAGUUUGGUAAAUGGUAAGUCACAAUCAACGUAUAUCUAAUGAAACCCGGUAAAAUCCCACACAAAAUAAGGUCUGGGGAGGGUGAGUAUACACAAAACUUAACCCUACUUAGAGGUAGAGAGGCCGUUUCCAAGAGAACCCCGAUUCAAAUACAAAAGUACAGGCGAG